CUUCUCUUGGGACCUAAAUGAGUUUCAGCAGGCAGGAGGAGGAGAAGGCGUCAACUUCCUGCAAACAUUCCCUCCCUCCCUCCUUCCUCCUCCUGCGAGCUGUCCCACACGGGCUUCCACGGUGCGGACGUGUGAGAGGUGCAGACAUGGACUGGGGGACUGAUUUAUGGGAUCAAUGCGACGUGAUCGACAAACACACGCAGGCGGGUCUGGACUUGGUGGAGCGCUACAUCAAGUUUGUUAAGGAGCGCACAGAGAUCGAACAGAGCUACGCCAAGCAGCUCAGGAGCCUGUCAAAGAAAUACACCAAGCGAGGCAGCAAAGAAGAGCAGGAGUGCAGGUUCAGCAACCACGCGGCGUUCCAGGAUAUCGUUAAGGAGCUGAACGACUACGCGGGCCAGAGGGAAGUGAUAGCGGAGAACUUGUUGACCAACGUGUGCGGGGAGCUCGCCAAGUACUUGCAGGACAUUAAGCAGGAGCGCAAAUCACAUCUUUAUGACGCCAAGAAGGCCCAGCAGAACCUGGAGAGCGGCUUUAAACACCUGGAAAGUACUAAGAAGCGCUUUGCCAAGGAGUGGGCGGAAGCUGAAAAAGCCUCACAGCAAGCAGAGAAGAUAGAGAACGAUGUCAACGCCUCAAAGAUCGAUGUGGACAAAGCCAAGCAGCAUUUGCAUGCCCGCACGCACGCGGCCGAGGAGUGCAGGAACGACUAUGCCGCUCAGCUGCAGAACUUCAACAAGGAGCAGAAGGCGCACUACUACGCGGAGAUACCGCAGAUCUUCAACAAGCUGCAGGACAUGGACGAGCGGAGGAUCCGGCGCUUAGCCGAGGCUUACUGCCAGUUCUCGGACAUCGAGAAGAAGGUGCAGGUCAUCAUUGCCAAAUGUUUGGACGGAAUCUCUGCCGCAGGAGAAAAAAUCGAUGGGAAGCAGGACUCCCUGCUGUUCAUCGAGCAGCACAAGUCGGGCUUCGAGCGUCCGGGCGACGUGGAGUUUGAGGAUUACACGCAAGGAAUCAAAGCCGCCAGCUCCGACUCCAGCCUCAACCCCCCCAAAGUGCGCGCCAAGCUGUGGCCCUUCAGCAGGAAGCACAAGACGUUGCACGCUGAGAAGCAGAGGCCGCUCGCUGCCGAGGACUUCUCCCACCUUCCUCCUGAGCAGAGGAAGAAGAGUCUGCAGGCCAAGAUUGAUGACAUCACCAGAAAACUCAACAGGGCACAAGAGGAAAGUGAAGCUCUGGAGAAGAUGAAGGGCGUGUACGAGCACAACCCUGAGCUGGGUGACCCGUCCACGUUGGAGCCUCAGAUGGCCCAGACGGCUCACAGCAUGGGACACCUGAGGGGCGAGCUGGCCAAAUACGAAACGUGGUUGUCGGAGGCGGUGGGAGGAGACGAAUGUGCCGUGGUCAACAACAACAACAACAACAACGAGGAGGACGACACGCAGCACACACUCGUCACCGACGACAAAAACCACCACAUCCAGAACAUCUACACGGAGUUUGACUACGAGUUUGAGGACGUUGAGACGCCCAUCGGUCAAUGCACGGCUUUGUACACCUUUGAAGGCAACAGCGAGGGCACCAUCUCCAUCACAGAGGGCGAGCUGCUGAGCAUCAUGGAGGAGGACAAAGGAGACGGCUGGAUGAGGGUCCUCAGGGCCAACGGGGAUGAGGGCUUCAUCCCGUCAUCGUACAUCAAGCGCUCCUCGUAACGUCCUGACAUCGGCGGAGUGUGGAAGGAACUUGUGAAUGGAUAAAAGCGUUCAUCAGCGCAGUCAGUGCCUUUUUUUUUUAAACAACCUGCUGAAGACACCCCCACCCCUCCUUGCUGAUUAGACUUUAAAGGAAACCACCACUCCACGCUUGACCCCAUGACCUUUGUAUAUGAAAAUACACGCCGUGUCAUUUGAUUGUUUUAUUCGCUGUUAAAAAGUCACAGUCACAGUGCAGCGUUAGCUAGCUAGAGCCUGACUGACACUGGAGUUUGAAAUCUAUGUAUCAUACGUAUAUCUGUGAGAUCAAAGUACAUUAAAGCAUACUAUAUGUAAGUCUA